CUAAAACCAAUUAAAUUCAUGUUGGUUUUACACGUGCAUGUACUAUUCCAAUAAUAAUAAACAAAAACAGAGGAGAGAGAGAGAGAGAGAGAGAGAGAGAGAGAGAGAGAGAGAGAGAGAGAGAGAGUUAUUUUCAUUACAAGAAGUAAACCCAAAAAAGUGAAAACCAGAGUGAAAAAGGUGCUUUUGUGAAAAUUCAAAUCUUUAAAAGAUGAGGAAAAAAACAAGUAAAAAGGUUUUGGCUUUACGAUAUUCAAGCCAAAUGAAUCAAAUAUCCUGAAGUGUGAAAAGUUGGUCAUUAUUUUCAUUUUGCCGUCUCAAUCCUCAAAACAUUAUCAAUUAUUGUUUUUGUAAUAAAAAUAGAAAAAAAAAUAAAAGAAAAAGAUGAAGAUUCAUUUUACAUGAUACGUUCUAAAAAGUAUUUAAAAAUGAAAUCUUGUUCUCCAUAUCAUGUGCUAACGCGGGAACAAGUUUCUGAUUAAAAAAAAGUAAUAAUAAUAAAAAUUAGAAACUGAAAAAGAAACAUUUUUUAUAUGUCUUAGGAUCGUGCCGGCCACAACCCUUUUGUCUCUGUUUCUCAUUCUCAUUCUCAUUCUCUGUUGUUUUGUAAUGAAAUUAGUAAAAAAAUAAAGAAAAAUCUCUUUUUGUUUUGUUUGAGAUGUCAGAUAUAGGAAUGGUGUUGUUGAGACUCAGAAAUUAAUGACUUCUUCGGCUUCAAGGUCAUCAAUGGCAACAACUUCUACUUCUUCUUCUUCUUCUACAGCAGCAGGAGGAGGAGGGCAUAAUGGUAAUAGUGGCAGGUCUGAAAAACAGCAACAAGUUUCUUCUUCUAGCAGAGGACAAACCCAUUUCUCCAAUCGUCCUAAAGCUCCUACUUCUAGACGUUCUGUCACUCCUAAUUCCAGAAUUCGUUCUACCCCCGACUCUGUACAAGAUUCUGAAAGAGUGAGAGUUGCUGUCAGACUUAGACCAAAAAAUGCUGAGGACCAUCUUUUAGAUUCUGAUUUUGUUGAUUGUGUUGAGUUGCAGCCUGAGCUUAAGCGAUUGAAGUUGAGAAAAAACAACUGGAGUUCGGAAUCUUAUAGAUUUGAUGAAGUUUUUACAGACACUGCCUCUCAAAGGCGAGUUUACGAAGCAGUUGCCAAGCCUGUAGUUGAGAGUGUUUUGAAUGGAUAUAAUGGAACAGUUAUGGCAUACGGUCAAACAGGUACUGGUAAAACUUACACACUGAGCAGAUUGGGUAAAGAUGAUACUUCUGAGCGUGGUAUAAUGGCCAGAGCUCUUGAGGACAUACUUUCUAGUACAUCUCCUGGUUUUGAUAGUGUGGAAAUUUCCUAUUUGCAGUUGUAUCUUGAGUCUAUUCAUGAUCUACUUGCACCAGAAAAGAUUAAUAUUCCCAUUUAUGAGGAUCCUAAGACUGGUGAGGUGUCGUUGCCAGGUGCUUCAGUUGUCCAAGUUCAAGACCUUGAUCACUUUUUACAUCUAUUACAAAUUGGUGAGACAAAUCGUCAUGCAGCUAAUACUAAGCUCAAUACUGAGUCUUCACGUAGUCAUGCAAUCCUCAUGGUUACCGUUCGAAGACCUGUCAAUGAAAAUGUAAAAGAUGGCCUUAAUUUACAAGAGAAGGUCUCUAGUCCUAGUAGCAAUGGCGUACCUAUAGUUCGAAAAAGCAAGUUGCUGAUUGUUGAUCUAGCAGGAUCUGAAAGAGUAGACAAAUCUGGCAGUGAAGGCCACAUGUUAGAAGAGGCUAAAUUCAUAAAUUCUUCUCUAACUUCCCUUGGGAAAUGCAUCAAUGCCUUGGCUGAAAACAGUCCACACAUACCUUUCAGAGAUUCGAAGCUGACAAGACUGCUUCGCGAUUCAUUUGGAGGCUCUGCAAGGACUUCACUGAUAAUAACAAUUGGACCUUCAGCAAGACAUAAUGUGGAGACAAGUAGUACGAUUAUGUUUGGACAAAGAGCAAUUAAAAUAAUAAAUACAGUAAAACUUAAGGAAGAAUUUGAUUAUGAAAGCUUAUGUCGGAAGCUUGAAAGCCAAGUAGAUCUUCUUACAGCUGAAGUUGAAAGGCAGCAGAAGGUGAGAGAAGAUGACAGAAAUGAGUUAGAAAAAGAGCUCAGAGAGUGUCAAGACUCUUCCUAUGAAGCCAGAAAGAAUCUAAUUACAAGGUCCGAGUUUCUAGAGAAAGAAAAUACUCGUCUAGAGUUGGAAGUGAAAGAUACUCUAAAUGAACUGAAUCGUCAGCAAGAUCAGAACGAGUUUAUGCAUGAUAAGGUUGCUGAGCUAGAAACUAGAUUGAAACACAGCAAGCAAAACCAACUGGAAAGUUCUGCAUACCAGAAAGUAUUGGUUGACACUACUCAGAUGUAUGAGAAAAAAAUCGCAGAGUUGACAAAACAACUAGAAGAUGAAAAUGCUCGUACUGAAAUCGCUGAUGAACAAUUAGAUGCAAUGAAGCAGCUCCUGAGUGAUAGUCAAAAGAAGAUUCAGAAACUUGAGAUGGAGAAUUCAAGAUGCCAGAAAGAACUUGCAGAUACUACUCAGAUGUAUGAGGAAAGAAUUUCAGACCUAAGUAGGCAAUUGAAGAAUGAACACAUCCAUUGUGAAGAUCUAAAGGAACAAUUAGAUUCAGCUAGGAAGCUCCUUAGCGAUCAUCAAAGUUCCAUGCAGAUGCAGGGGCAAAACGAGAUCAUGACGCUUCAAGAGAAGUUACAAGAAAUGUAUCAGCUACAUGAACAAGCUCUAGAUGAACUUCAAUUUUUGAAAACCGAGUACAAGGAUCUAUCGGAGAAUGAGGCAAAAACAACGGAGGAACUUGUGACCAUGAGGCAAAGACUUCUAGUUGAAGAAGAGCAUAGGAAAACAGUUGAAAAUGAGUUGGUCAAUCUAAAGAAGGCUGUCCCUGAAAACGACAUUUAUUUUGAGGAUAAAAUGUCACAUGGGAAAGAAAACUCAGGCAGAGUACCUUCUUCAUUUGGGAGUCCAACAAGGACAGAAAAGCCAAAUUCCUUAAGGGAGACACUUUCUGGUCAGAGAGCUACAAUUGCAAAGAUAUGUGAAGAAGUUGGGCUUCAAAAGAUAUUACAACUUUUGUCAUCAGAAGAUUCAGAUGUCCAAAUUCAUGCUGUUAAGGUGGUGGCCAAUCUUGCUGCUGAAGAUAUUAAUCAAGAAAAAAUUGUUGAGGAAGGUGGUUUGGAUGCUUUGCUUACGCUGUUGCGAUCAUCACAAAAUCCAACUAUUCUUAGAGUGGCUUCAGGGGCGAUAGCCAAUUUGGCCAUGAAUGAGAUGAAUCAAGGCUUAAUAAUUAGCAAAGGUGGAGCUCAGCUGUUAACCACGAUAGCAUCCAAGUCAAAUGAUCCACAAACUCUUAGAAUGGUUGCUGGUGCACUUGCUAAUUUAUGUGGAAACGAAAGUUUGCACGCUGUACUACAGGAAAAUGGAGGUAUUAAGGCACUCAUGGAAAUGGUUAGAUGUGGAAGCAGUGAUGUCAUUGCGCAAAUUGCUCGAGGACUGGCAAAUUUUGCAAAAUGCGAAACUCGUGGAGUGAUUCAAGGUUAUAGGAAGGGUCGUUCUCUCUUGGUAGAAGAUGGUGUCCUUUCUUGGUUAAUAGCCAAUUCAAAUACUACCUCAACUUCAACCAAACGACAUAUCGAGCUUGCGCUCUGUCAUUUAGCACAAAACAAUGACAAUACUAGGGAGUUCAUAUCCAGUGGAGGGGUGAACGAGCUAGUUCGAAUAUCAAUGGAGUCUAGCAAAGAAGACAUCAGGAACCUAGCCAAGAAAAUGUUACGAAUGAAUACAGCAUUUCAAGCUGAGAUGCAAACGAAAAAGUAAUAGGGUGUACAGACAUACUUACAGCCUUACAAGCUUUCUAGUCAUCUGUAAUAAUAUUAGAUACAAAACAAUAUUUUUGUUCAAGGUGAAUGAGUCCACCUCACCUGGUGAUAAUUUAAGCUGUAAAAUAGAACCAACCAACAUAACUAAAUUAAACUCGAGUUCAUACUCCAAAA